AUGGAAGAUGACAAUGAAAUUGACAAGGUUAUUUACCAAGGCACCUACAACACCGUGAACCGGACAUACGGUGGGGAAAUCUGCGACACGAGGUACACUAUCAAAAUCGCCUCGGACGGCUUGUUCCUCGACGACCCGUCCCUCAACUAUCCCUUUCCCGUCCUCCUCCUCCAGCUCCUGCUCAUCGCCUUCACCUCCCGCCUUGUCUACGCCCUCCUCCGGCCCCUCAAGCAGCCCCGCGUAGUGUGCGACAUCAUCGGCGGCAUACUCCUAGGGCCUUGUUUUCUUACCCAGAAUUUGCCGUUCAGGGCCCGGCUGUUCCCCUACAAGUCGUUCGCCCAGCUCCGCACCCUGGCUUCCUUCGGGCUCAUGUUCAAGCUCUUUGUCAUGAACGUGAAGCUGGACCCGUCCAUCAUCCUGCGGCCUGGGAAGAAGGCCCUCUCCAUCGGCCUUGUCAGCAUUCUCGUGCCCUUCGGCGUCCAGGUCGGCCUUUCCAACCUGCUGAGUGCAAACCACUGGAUCGACGACAGGUUCGCCACCGAAAACUUCCUCACCUUCAUCGCCAUCUGCCUUAGCACCACCACCUACCCCGUCCUUGCCGACCUCCUGGACGAGCUUGGCCUCCUCAACACCGAACUCGGCCGCCUCGCCAUGUCGUCGUCCUCCGUCAAUAGCGCUGUGGGUUGGCUUUUCUUGGUCCUCUAUACCGCCAUCAAGCUGUCCGGCAGGCAGUCGAUUACUGCGGUCCAUUCGCUGGCGUCGUGUUGCGGCCUCGUGCUGUUCGCCGUGUUCGUGUUCCGGCCCUGCAUGCGGUGGAUCGUCCGGCGGACCCCGCGGGGCGGGCGGGUCGGAGGCGGGGCCAUCAUGGUCAUAAUGGCGACAGUCUUGGUGUCGGGCUUGGUCAGCGACAUCAUCGGGGCCACGUUCAUCUUCGGCCCCAUCAUUCUGGGUCUCGCUGUGCCGGACGGCCCCCCCCUCGGGGCUCAGCUGGUGGAGAAGCUGGAGAUGAUCGUGACGGAGAUGUUGAUGCCCCUGCUCUUCCUGUCGGGAGGUCUGAUCACGGACUACUCGAGACUCAAGGACAAGGACGGCAACAGCGUUGCGAGCUCGACCAUGUGGAUGUUCGUUGUCACUAUCGUCGGGUUCGUCUUCAAGCUUGUGUCGACGCUGGUGCCCGCCAUGUACUUCGACAUAUCACGACACAACGCCUUGCUGCUGGGCCUCAUCAUGAACUUCAGAGGAAUGAUAGAGAUGGCUAUUUUACUCAACUUCAGGUCUUUCAAGAUCAUUGAAAUCGGUAGCUACACGGUUCUGAUAUUAUUCAUUGUGUUGAUGACGGGGAUCGCCGUCCCACUGGUGAAACGUUACUACGAUCCCCUGAGCGUGGACUACGUGGUGGGGCGGUGCAGCAUCGAGCAGCUGAAGCUCCACGCGGAGCUGCGCAUCGUGGCGUGCAUGCACGACGAGGAGGCGGUGCCGGCCAUCAUCAGUCUUCUGGAGGCGUCGAGUGUGGAGGGGGCCAACCCGGUGUGCGUGUACGCACUGCACCUGGUGGAGCAGCUGGGCAGCGCCAACACCAACCUCAUUGCCCACAAGAACAACAACGAGUACGUCGACCCCAGCAAGUUGGGCCACCUCCUCAACGCCUUGGUUCACUACGAGCAGUUCAAGAAGGGGCAAGUAGCCGUGCAUCCCUUCACCGCCAUCGCCCCCUAUAAGACCAUGCACCAGGACAUCUGCUCCCUCGCCUUGCAGAAGAGCGCCGCCAUUAUCGUCCUGCCCUUUAUCAUCAACAAGGACUCCGCCGCGGAUGCCGACCGGGCCAUCCGAUCCAUCGUCCCCAGCGUCUUGUCCCAGGCUCCUUGCUCCGUGGGAAUUCUCAUCAGCAAGAACGCGGGCGGCUCGGUGCUGCCGACCCCCGGCCAUUUCCAUCAGCACAUGGGGGUGCUCUUCUGGGGCGGCCCCGACGACCGGGAGGCGCUCGCGUAUGCCUCCCGCUUGCUCUAUCACAGGGGCGUCCAACUCAGCGUCAUCCGCUUCGUGCUGGCGAACGACCAUAAGGACAACGAAGCCAUCGAGAAGCUCAAGUCCGAGAACAUGAACAACGAGCACCUGAGGCUCCAGGAGGUGGUGGCCAGGGACAUGGAGCAGACCAUCUCGGCCAUCAGGUCCAUUGAUAGCCAAUUCGACCUCGUCAUCGUGGGGCGGCAGCAGAGCUCGUCCUCGCUCCUGGAACAAGGGCUGGCGGAAUGGAGCGAAUUCCCUGAGCUGGGGGUAGUGGGAGAUAUGCUCGCAUCCUCGGAUUUCCAUAGCUUUGCCUCCGUCCUUGUCGUGCAAAGGCACGAAUAUGGUUCAAAACGAAAGUAGAAGGCGCAGCUAGCAAGAACUCUAGGCGUCUUACGUGCAUUCAACCAAAGUUCAGGAUAACGUUUGAAAAAGAGAAAAAGAAUGUACGGCGACAAAGUUGUUGGAAUCACAAAUAAAAGAAAAACAUUGAAAUACCUUCGCACCGACAAAAUGCAGUGCGCCUCUAAAUUUCACAAUGUUCGUAUGUUGUCAUUGAUUUGUU